AUGAGCAGUUACGAGACUGAACAUGCCUCCGAUCCUCCCAAUAGCAAUCAGAGCCAACCACGCAGACCCGAUCUUUCCACUUUCCUGAGCCUCCUCUCCGAAGUCACGCCUGACCGGCCCGAAGAACGAGCUCGUGAAGGGGCUGUUCCUGUCCCUGCCGAUGUCUCCGCCGUCUUUCGCUCGCUUGCAGAGGCCUUUCAAGUCAUGCGUAGGAUCAAUGACAAUGCCGACUCCGACUUGCUCGAGAGCAUGAUCCAGAACUUGAUGGACACUGCCGAGCGACCGCCCCGGGAAGUCAAGGGUGUGGACGAGGAAUAUAUUGCGGCGUUGGAGCGGGUCAACAUUAAGAAAGUCAACAAAGAUGCCGACUGCCCGAUUUGCGGUAAUGCUUUUGUCGAAGACCCUCAUCCGCUCCUGGUGCGCCUUCCUUGCCAUCAAAACCAUAUUUUUGACCUUGAAUGCAUCCGACCAUGGCUUCUGGUGAACGGGACUUGUCCUUUAGACCGGGUUGAUCUGGCGCAAAGGGAGAGAGAUAGGAAAAAGAAACACCUGGAAGAAAUCAAGAAGAAUGCUGCUCCGGAGGACGAGGAGGAAGAAUGGGACGGGCUCUAUGGCUGA